UGACACGAUUAUUCUGGUGUGAUUAUUACAGUUGUACAUGUGCAUGCGAUCCGUUGUGCGAGGAGACAUGGAGUUCGUGAUGAUAAAGGAUAUUCGACCGGGUCAGAAGAACAUCAACGUAGUGUUUAUCGUUCUAGAAGUUAGCCAUCCUACUAUUACCAAAGAGAACCGCGAAGUUCGAACGUUCAAAGUGGCCGACAGCACGGCUUGCAUGAAUGUUUCCAUCUGGGACGAACCAGGGCAGCUCUUAAUGCCGGGCGACAUCGUUCGACUCACUAAAGGCUAUGCCUCGGUUUGGCGACAGUGCCUGACACUCUAUUCCGGCAAGAGCGGCGACAUACAAAAGAUCGGAGAGUUUUGUAUGGUGAUAAAUGAGCAAUUAAAUAUGAGCGAACCGAAUCCGGCGUUGGCGCAGCAGUUGGUCAAUCAGAGCGGCUCAGGUCCACCCGGUAGCAACGUCAACAACAGCAUCACCAACAACGGCAACGCGAACAGUAUGUCCGGUCAACAACCGGUCGGACGACAACCGCUGGCUAUCCAGAGUAAUACAACGGCGGGUAGCGGUGGGACGACUGGGGGUUCAACGACCGCCAAGAGCGGGAACAGCAACGCAAGCGGUGGCAUCGGUAGCAGUAGUAGCGGUACAGGCGGUGGUGGUGGUGGAGGUGGUGGAGGCGGCGGUGGCAGCAGCAGCAGCAGCAGUAGCAACGUUAGCAGCAGUGGCUCCGGUCUACCCGGUAGCUCGGCGCGGUACUCGUCAUCCGACUCCACGACGAGCAAGGGUGGAUCAAGCACGAAGAGCAACUCGCGCGGUCGCGGUGGUUACAGAAACGGCGGUCGCGGCGACCGUAGAUAACACACGAGAAGAAAAUGUCUCAUCAUAUAUGUGUAACAAUGCGAUGAGACGCGCGUGCGCAUAUACACACGCGCGUAUGUAUGCACGCACGUUCUCGUCACUGUCGAUCGUACGUUCAUAUAGCCAAAUACGAUUGUAAUAUCGUGUUUUAUUUCUUUUUUUUUCAUGGAUAUAUCCUUUUUUCUUUUUAAUGUCACGAGUCUCGCAAAGCCUACUCGUUGCUCGCCACGAAGACUUCUACCAAUGUUGAAGCCGCGAUCGAGAGAGCAUGAUCGAGAGCAUCUCGAUGUGCGAUCCGAGUGAAGCGAUUUGCAGAGAAUGUAGCUUUGCUUCUCGAUGCUGAAUCGCCCGAUGAAGUAUCGAUUUCAGAUUUUAUAAAAAGAUUUCACAAGCGAAACCUCGAAUUAAACUUGUACAAACAGUAGUUUCUAAUGCAUUCGCGAGAAAAAAGACAGAGCUACCUUGUUUCUCUCAGAUCGUCAUUCUGUACGAAUAUCGUAUGGAAAGACACGUUUCAGGACUGGCUGGUUCAGCAAUGAGAACAAAUCAAUCGUGAGUCUCGUGAUGUUAAAAAAAAAAA